GUUGCCUCUACCUCCCCAGAUGGGCUGUAACUAGAGCAAAUGUCCUCGGCGUUACAUUGAACGCAUUUUGGCGUAUGGGUUGCGUAAAAAUGUUUGUGCCAUAGUAACAAUUUUACAGCCUCGUUAUUGUUCACAGGCUAUACAUUUCUGCCAGCACAUCGCGGCUGUGCUCCGUCUUCAGGUGUGCACUGACGGGGACGUAGUGGCAUCUGUUGUUGACGCCUCUUCACGCUGGCACCGGGUCCCACAGGAGGACGCACACCCAUCUGACGAUGAGAAUUAAGUGUUACGUGCGAGGAACAGCUUUCUAAUCUCUGACCUGUUGGAUUACUCCUCUGAUGGACUGGAUCUGGCUCCUGUCGGUGGGUUUUGGCCACUAUUUUACGCAAGCCGUGCGCCAUUUCUGCGCGCUCACAUUUGGGCCCCUGGCAUUUACAUGAUGGAUUAAACACUCAUUAGUUUUAGCCUAGUUUUCGAUUUGUGCUGUCUAAAAAAAUUGUGGAUUAUUAAUGGACUCGCAUUAUGCUAAAUGAUGAUGAGCUUUUGGUCACUGGAGCGGGCAGCAGUACGUUGGAUUAAGAGCCAGAGACUUUCCACCGCUCCUGGAGAAAGCACCUGUUUAUUCUCCUGAGACGCAUUGACCUGCUUUCCCCUAUUGACUGGCUGGGAUGGAAAAUGAGCUGAGACCUAGGCUCUGUUUCCUGACCAAAGUAGAGCGCUAUGGGUUUCACCUGCGGAAUGAAGGCGGACCGUUCAUCGGCAAAGUGGAGCCCGGUUCCUCGGCUGACAUGGCCGGGCUGCGGCCAGGGGACCGGGUGGUGGAGGUGAACGGGGAGAAUGUUGAGAACGAAACCCAUCAACAAGUGGUGAACCAUAUCUGUGAGGUGCCCCACCGCACCAGGCUGCUGGUGGUGGACAGAGACACGGAUGACUUCCUCCGCAGCCGUGGCCUGGCCUGCACAGAGGACCUGGCCAUUGAGAUGGGAACCCUCUCCCCGCGCCCCUCACCGAGGCCCACACCUUCUAACUCUCCGUUACCCAGAGGGAAUUCACCCCUGUCACCCAAACUCAACCACACACACGUAUUUCAGCCUCCCGCUCCAGACUCGCCCAUACACAUGACCACAAAAGACAGGGUCAAGAGAUCCUCGGUGACAUCCAGUACAGCAACAGAUACAGAGCUGCAGGUGCAGCCUUCACCAGAACCGCCCUCGGUUGAGCACCUUCCCCGUCUGUGUCACCUGGUGAAGGGGGAGCACGGCUACGGCUUCAACCUGCACAGCGAUAAGUCAAAGCGCGGACAGUUUGUGCGUUCCGUGGAUCCCGGUUCAGCUGCUGAGAGUGCAGACAUCAGGCCUGGAGACAGACUGGUGGAGGUGAACGGAGUGAACGUAGAUGGCCUGAGGCACUCAGAGGUAGUGGCACUCAUUAGAGCAGGAGGGGGAGAAGUGCGUCUCCUAGUGGUUGACAGGGAGACAGACAAGCUCUUCCACAGACUGGGGCUCACACCCACCACCAUCCAAGAAAAAGAGGUCUUUGUAGAUGAAUCAGCUACAGAAAGCGCCUCACCCACCCCCUCUUUGACAACUGAACUUCCCGCCACAGAGCCACCGAUGAUAAACGUCACGCUGACAGACUCCCCGAUCACAAAUACAUCUCCAAAAUCCAGGGCCAACGGGAGCUCAGCAUCUCAGUCCUCAAGAAGUUCCACCACCCAAUCGGAGAUCAGCAGCUCUGACAUGAGCAUCCAGGUGCCAGAUGAGGACGACAGGCGUGUUUCAGAUCCUUUCAUGGACAGUGGCCUGCGUCUGAGUCCCACAGCUGCUGAGGCUAAACAAAAGGUGCUCGCACGCCGCAACAAGAAGAGAGCACCUCCCAUGGACUGGAGCAAGAGACAUGAGAUCUUCAGCAACUUCUGACCCCAGAAUGGAGUGGUGGAAUGUAACUCAAUUAAUGUACUUAAGUACAAAUUUACUGUAUUUUCAUUUUAUGUAACUUCAUACUUCUAAUACAUUUCAGAGGCAAAUUUCAGCGGCGCUACAAACAUGUGAUGAUCUUAUAGACUAUAGUGCGUUGCUGUAGAUUAAACUAACCAACAGCAUAUAAAGUAGUUCAAAUCAGCUCAGCCUUAAACAUCUACAUCAGUAAAAUGCAACAUACACAUGAGUGCAGCAGUGAUAUUAAUACAAAAACAUCAGAUAUAAUACUAAAAUACUGACAGGGACUGUUUUACUGCACAAUGAGUACUUUACUUUCGUCACUUUAAGUACAUUUCAAUGAAGUAAUGUUUUGAUUGCAGGACUUUUACUUAGAGCAGAGUAUUUUUACAGUGUGUUAUUAGUACUUUAACUUAAGUGGUAGUAAGUAGUGUAGGAUCUGAAUACUUCUUCCACCGAUGUCUGUUUGCAAGGAGAGAAAAAGAGAAGAAGUGGAACAACAAGGUACAAUAUUGUGAUUCUUCUCAACUACUGUACCUCAACCAUGCAGAGGGACGGUAAAAUAAAAGGUUGAAGAGGCAGGUAGUUUUAUUCAUCAAAAUAAUCAUGAUAAGAUUUAACAUAGUAUUCUCUAGAUGCUUACUUUACAUAAGGACAAAGAGAUGUUCUGUGGAUUUGUGAGAAAUCGUACAGCACAUUGCAUUAAACAAUGGCAUUAAUGACUGGCAUAUCAUCCACCGAGAGACUCAUCCAUGCAAAUGGUGCCUGGUCAGUACACAGUGUUUCUUUUUAUUAAAUCGUAGUCAUUUUAGAGCCAUGAGUAGUGACUAUGAGUCUAUAACAGCCUGAUUUGGGGCCAUAUUUGCUGUAGAUACACUUUAUUGUUGUAACUUUGGUAGAUUUUAUUUGUUGAAAUCAUAGUUUCAUGUCUUUUCAAAUUCCAGUGAGCUCAUUGUGAGUCCUGGUGUAGUUGUCUUUAUAUUAACAAAAUAUAAACAUACUAACAUGUGAGUUGUAAUGUAGCAUAUCACCUUCAAAUGUAAAUACAGAGGAAAUGGUGGAGGCUAAGUUAUGAAAUGAUGUUGGAUCACCUCAGUGCUUCUCUUUAAUGUUAGAGGGAUUUCUGUAAAGAAAAUAAUUUAAAUGACAGAUUGCUGACUAGAUAAACUGUAGACCCUGUGAUGUCUAGCUGUUAUUAUGUAUUUUCUCUCAGAUGUGCUUGGUUGAAAUUGAUCACAAUGUGAAAUAAACUUUCAGAAUGUGUGUAAAUGCUACAACAAAA